GUUACAAAACACAAGCUGCUCUCUCACGGUGACUCGUUGUGUUUGUGUGGCCGGAGCAGAAAACGUGUUGUUCUCCUCGAUCGACUGAACUGGAUGUAAACACCGGGGCAUGUUGACAAAUGGAUCCCGGUUCAGCUCCGAUGCAGACCGACUGUGAGACCGAGGAAAACUCAGUUUGGAGCUGGUGGCCCUCAUGGCGUCCGACCUCCACGUCCCUCUUGAAGACAACCGAGUCCAAGAUUCUUGCCUGUAUUAAGAAUGACCUGUGGGCCCGGUUUGUGACGCUACCAAACCAGUAUCAGCUAUGGACAUUGACUCUCACCAACAAGAUGGUUCACAAACCUGCAGUCCCCAAGACUCCACUGGUGAUGGUCCAUGGCUUUGGAGGAGGGGUGGGGAUGUGGAUCAGGAACCUGGACGCGCUGAGCAGGUCACGGCCCGUCUACGCCUUCGACCUCCUGGGCUUUGGCAGGAGCUCCAGGCCUCCCUUCCCCUCAGACGCCGCCGAGGCAGAGGAGCAGUUUGUCGCCUCCAUUGAACAGUGGAGACAGUCUGUGGGCCUGGAGACCAUGAUCCUGCUGGGGCACAGUCUGGGGGGAUACCUGGCUACCUCCUACGCCAUCCAGUACCCUUCAAGAGUAUCACAUCUUAUCUUGGUAGACCCUUGGGGUUUCCCUGAGAAACCUGGUGCACAAACUGAGGCGAAUGGCGCUAAGGGGACAGAGACGGCAAAGAGGCCGGCACCUCCACGCUGGGCGAAAGCUAUUCUAGCGGUGGUUUCCCUCUUCAAUCCACUGGCUGUCAUUCGAGCAGCAGGCCCAUGGGGUCCGGGUUUGGUGAAUAAAUUCCGCCCUGAUUUCAAAAGGAAAUUUGAAGAUCUGUUCGAUGACGACACAAUGACGCAGUACAUCUACCACUGUAACGCACAAACCCCGAGUGGUGAAGUUGGUUUACGUGCCAUGUCGGAGUCUCUGGGCUGGGCCAAGAGGCCGAUGCUGCAACGGGUUGAGCUGCUGCCGCCCUCCAUGCCCCUCUCCAUGCUGUAUGGAGAAUCUUCCUGGGUGGACAGCUCAUCGGGGAACAGAGUGGCCCAGAUCAGGAACCAGGCCAACACCAAAAUGCUGCUGAUAAACGAAGCCUCUCAUCACUUGUAUGCGGAUCAACCAGAAGAGUUCAACAGAGCGGUUGAAAAUAUAUGUAACUCUGUUAACUGACUCCGUGUUUAUCUGUGUGUGUCUUCCUGUGCUUGUAUCUUUGUGAGGACCCUAGCAUAGACCCUACAAAGUGAGAACAUUUUUGGAAAGUGAGACAGUCCUCACUUCUUCAAAGGGCUGUUUGAGGGUUAAGACUUGGUUUUAGGGUAAGAGUUAGAAUCAGGUUAAAGUCAGGGUGAAGCAUUUAGUUGUGAUGGUUAAGGUUAUAGUAAGGGGCUAGGGAAUGCAUUAUGCCAAUUAGUGUCCUCACAAAGAUGGAAGUACAAACGUGUGUGUGUGUCUGCGCGUGUGCUUGUGUAUGCGCUGAAUGUAUAGACAGAGUCCAUGAUGGUGGUUUUAGCAGUGUAAUAUAUGCAUGUCAAGCAUCCUGGAUGUUGCUCUGUAACAAGUUAUUACUGGCAUCAAAUUGCUGUUUGGUAUUUAUUACGCCAAUUUAUUUAUAACAUGUAAUUUUUUUAAUCUGCAAUGUGUUCAUACAGAGCAUUAAAUGAUCCGAUUAAGCCAACACUGAAAUAAUGCCGCCUGUCUGUUACAAAGCAGACACCAGUCAACUGAUACGCACAUUUUAUAUAUACCUCACAUCAAACAUUAAUACACUGUAUGUUAUAUUUUCUUUGACUUCUGUACCUUUAUCACUGUAUUAAACAGAUGAUUGUGUUUUAUACAUUGAAAACAAUAAAAGCUUAUUUGACA